AUGGUUGCUAGUCGAGACGGCGACCGAGAUUCUAGACGCUGCCUCGAUUUGCCUGAGUGGGAAUCAGACGGCGUCCGGAAUAAUGAAGUUAAGGAAGCAGAAGAAGUUAAGGAGGAUGGAGAAGAAGUUAGGGAAGGAGAAAAAGUUAAGAAUGAAGAACAAGUUAGGGAAGGAGAAGAAGUUAAGGAUGGAGAACAAGUUAGGGAAGGAGAAGAAGAAGUUAAGGAUGGAGAAGUAGUUUGGGAUGGGGAAGAAGUGAAGGAAGGAGAAGAAGUUAAAGAAGAAGAAGAAGAAGUUUUGGAUGGAGAAGAAGUUAAGGGUAAAGAAGAAAGUAUGGAUGGGGAAGAAGUUUGGGAUGGAGAAGAAGUUUGGGAUGGAGGAGAAAAUGAAGUUAAGGAAGCAGAAGAAGUUAAGGAGGAUGGAGAAGAAGUUAGGGAAGGAGAAAAAGUUAAGAAUGAAGAACAAGUUAGGGAAGGAGAAGAAGUUAAGGAUGGAGAACAAGUUAGGGAAGGAGAAGAAGAAGUUAAGGAUGGAGAAGUAGUUUGGGAUGGGGAAGAAGUGAAGGAAGGAGAAGAAGAAGAAGUUUUGGAUGGAGAAGAAGUUAAGGGUAAAGAAGAAAGUAUGGAUGGGGAAGAAGUUUGGGAUGGAGAAGAAGUUUGGAAUGGAGAAGAAUCUACUAAGUAUGGAGAAGAAAUUAAGGAAGAAGAAAACGAAGUUAAGGAGGAUGGAGAAGAAGUUAGGGAAGGAGAAAAAGUUAAGGAUGGAGAACAAGUUAGGGAAGGAGAAGAAGAAGUUAAGGAUGGAGAAGUAGUUUGGGAUGGGGAAGAAGUGAAGGAAGGAGAAGAAGUUAAGGAAGAAGAAGAAGAAGAAGUUUAG